CCACGACUUCCUCGGACUUCUUAUUUUCACAAUGGGAAACAAAGUUGUGACAUUCACGGAACAACAACUCGAGGACUAUCAGGACUGCACCUUUUUCACGAGAAAGGAAAUAUUAAGGCUACGAUUUUGUUCUACGCGAGCUCGAAAUGUCCGAUCGGCAAACUGGACAACGCCAGCAGCCACCAAGGCUCACUUUGGAUAAGAAGUCAGUAAAUAAAGUUUUCAAGCGGUUUCGAGACGUAAAUCCCGAAUUAAUUCCGAAGAGCAUGACUGAAAACCAAGCUCACACUAUUAUUGUACCAGUUGAAGAAAUAGAAAAAUUGCCUGAACUAAAAGAAAAUCCAUUCAAAAGAAGAAUCUGCCAGGUUUUCUCUCAUGAUGGUUCUGGUAACCUCACAUUUGAAGACUUUCUGGACAUGAUGUCAGUGUUUAGUGAAGCCGCGCCACGGGAUAUUAAGGCAUGGUAUGCGUUCAGGAUUUACGAUCUAGAUGACGACAAGUAUAUUGGGCGUGAGGACCUUCUAGAAGCUACCAAGCUUUUGACAGCCGGGCAGCUGCAUGAAGAGGAACGAGAGGAGAUCGUCACUAGUGUGUUGGAUGAGGCUGAUGUAGAUGGAGAUGGGAAACUCUCCUUCAUGGACUUUGAACAUGUAGUGGCUAGGGCCCCAGAUUUCGUAUCUACUUUCCAUAUUAGAGUCUAAACAUGACUUAUGUUCAUAUUAAAUAAAUCGACUAGACAACAAA